GCUCGUUGAGAGAAGGCGAGUUUAAGAUGGCGGAUAGGAGAAUAGAUUCGCGUACAACUGUCUAUACAAUUAAUUUGGAUUCUUUCGAGGAAUAUUAUCAAAGUGCGCCUAAUACUGUCUUAUCUGCCAAUGGUUAACAACAAUCAUCUUUAAAAGAAUAUUAAUAACACUACUAACCAUCUUAUAACUACUUUAGACAUGUCAGAUCAGAAGAAACGUGUUUCGAGUAAUGUUGAGAUGAUCAAUCAGAUGGAGAAAGAAGAAUCAGAUGAGAAUCAGUCAAAACACGAAGAUGCUCUUGUAAUGGUAGAUCCUGAGACACCAAUGCUAGAGGAUGAGGAAAUGCCUACGUACAUCAGUGUUUCAACUUCAUCCAAAUGCGAAGAUUCAGAUGUCAGUAAUGUGAAGCAUCACGAAGAAGAUUCUUCUAUGAAAGAACAAUCAGGUAGUCCUUGUACUAGUGAACAAGAAGGUCCUGCUAGUGUUUACGUUCUCUCAUCCGAAGAAGAAACAGAUCAACAUUACGAUGAGGAUGAUAUUGACUGUGGUGAUAGUGAUGAUAUGGAUGAAAAUGAUCAAGACAAUGAUAUGGAUGAUGACGAUGAAGAGGACUUAGAAGAAGAUGAUGAUGAGGAGUACGAAAGAAAUAUCUUUGAAACUUCAUCUGAAUGUUUAGGCCUUAGAAAUAAAUUGAAAAGAAGAUAUAGAAUUAAGAGUCUAUCUCUGCAAGAUUUAAACACCUUAGAAAAUAAUUCUUGCAAUGUUGACUUUGGAAAAAAUAGAUUCAGGCACGUAGAAAGCAAAGUGAAACGUUACAUAAAUGAUAUGAAAGAACAAAGGAGAUAUGCUAUGGGAUCACGUAUAAGAAAUGAAUUUCAAAAUGAAUUUCAAACAAAUAGAAAUUGCACCGACGUAACAGUUGAUGAUGUACAAUUGAAAGGUGUAACAUCUAAUAAAGUUAUAAGGCCUUACGCGGAAAGGGCUAUUAAAGAUUUAGAAAUUGAAGAGUCAUAUACAAAUGAGAAAGAUCUAUAUAUGGGGCCAAUAACAGAAAAUGGUGAAGAAGAAGAAGAAGAAGAAGAGGAAGAAGAAGAAGAAGAAGAUGAGGAAGUGGUAGUUAAACAUAAACGAGAUGGGAAAUCUAUUAACAUGGAUAUGAGAGAAAAAGAGUUUUUAAACACAGAGAUACAAAAUGAAAAACUUAAUGGUUCGAUGCAAAUCCAUAAUCAUAACUACAAUCAAUCCACUGGUCAAAAAAAUUUGAAAUACACGAACGAGACUUUAGUUAAUGGUCAUCAACAACAAUUAAAUGUUUAUAAUCUUCGUACGCUAUCUUAUGAUGAAUAUAUGCACGGUAACGAGAACUUUUCCCAAGACGAACAGUUGAAUAAAAAUCUAGAUAACGAACAAAAUGAAAAUAAUGAUAUUCAAGCUUACAGCGACAUAGAUGUUAUAAACACUGUUGAAACUGACAAUAGUAAUGCUGUCUGUUCGUUAAAAAUAGAAAAUGUUAAGAGCAUAAGGGUAAUGUCAGAAGAAUCUAAAGAUAAUACAGAGAAUUCGAAAUUUGAAAAAAUUAAUGAAGAAAGUAACAAAAGUAAUUCGGAUAUAAUACAAUUGACGUUAUUAAAGACACAGUUGGAUCAAAAAGCAAUUCAAUUUAAUAACCUAAAAAAAGCAUAUCAAAGCACGAUGAUGGAGAAUUUAAAAAUGAAACAAGAAUUGGAAGAAUUAAAAAAUUCUCUAGCAAAGUACAAUAAAGAAAAUCGAACAUGCGAAACAAAAGUCGUAGCAGUACAAACUGAUGUAAUUAAGGAAUCAGUAACUCAAAAUAUGGAAACUACUGAUACAAAAGAAAAAGCUAACAAAUUAUCUGCCAGUAGUAUUACAUCUACAAUCAGUUCUAUAAAUCAAUGGACUGAUAGCGCUGGUAGUUCAGGUAUAUCACUUAAACCACCAGAUUUGGGGACGAUAUUAAAUUCAGAGGAUAGUUCAGUAAUAGCAGAAAACUCGCCAAGAGAAGUCAACCGACCUCUGUCUCAAGCAUUCAUCACAUCAUCUAGAAUAUUAAAAACGCUUUCAAAUCUAACACAAGGAAAAUCAAAAGUUGAUGUAAAAUCUUCUCUGAAUAGUAGUUCUAUUAAAAGACCAAGUGGAAGUGAAGAAAGCAAUGGUUCAAUAAUAGCCGGUUCUAAUACUUUCACAGUAAAAUCACCAUUCAAUGCAAAAAAGAGGAAAGCGACUGAAAUGCUUGGUAAUUCAUUAUAUUUACAACCAUUCAAAAUACCGCAUAUAGAAGAAGUAAAAAAAAAAUCAAGUGUGACCCUUUCUGAUUUUAAUGUAGAUUUCAAACCAACGGAAAAUUAUAGCGAUGUAAAAUUAGAUACACAAAAGAAUAGAAUGAAUAAUAUUAGUCGUUCAGUUAGUCCAACAAACAUAGAUGACAAAAGUGAUAAAGCUGAAGACAUUGAAAACGAAAAUAGCAAUGUGAAAUGUUUUGUAUAUCAAGAAGAUGAUAAUACUAACGACCGAAAUAUUUUAAUACAAGCAGAUAUAUCUAACGAUGAUCAAGAACCAGUUAGUAUGGGUUGUAUACGAGAAUGUGGACCAUAUUUGCUUGGUAAUGUAGAAGUACGUAUGUCUGAAGUAAAUGGUACGAUCAACAUUUGGGGCAAAGAGAUAAGUGAAACAUCAAUGGUCGAGGAAGAAGAGUUAGAAGCAACAACAAGAUCACCUUGCACCAACAAAAAGUGUGCUUGUUUGCUAAGCACUGCUAUAACACCACAUAGAAAAUUUAACGGUAGUCAAAUGGUAUGUUCGACAAAUAAAAAAGUAAAGUUACAAUCUAAAUUUAACGAAGGGCAUACUUCACGUCAAUACUUGAAUGUACCGAACGCACAAAUUCAUGUAGAUAACUUAUUGAGUCCAAAUGUCCCUGCUUCCUGUGAGAAGUGUAUCUUAUUAAAUCAACAGAAAGAAUGUUCGAUACACAAACGACACGUUAAUAAUCUACAUGAAAAAUCACAUUCCUGUUGUUUACAUCAAACGGAGCAUUUAGAAAGAGAUUACAAAUAUGUAUGUGAUUGUGAAAGACUAAAAUAUAAUAACGAUAGUCCAAAUUACAUUAAAGAUGGUUAUUGCACAGAAAAUAAAUUCUCAUCUAGAAAUACGCCAGAUAGCAAGAAAGAUUUAUACGAAAAUACUAAUCCAGUCGAUGCCAAAGAAGUGAUAUGUAAGCAUCGAACUGCGUGUCGUCGAUCUUCUUUACAUAAUACAGAGGCGAAUUUUCAGAAUGAUAUGAAAUGCUGUAACACGAUUAGAGAAACACCACAUACAUGCAAAUCGACGUUAGGAUGUAUAGCCAAUCACGAUAACGGUGAUGAAAAUUGUUGUAAUCAUAGUGCAAUGAGCAACAACAAUGAUCUAUUAGGUCCAGAAAGAACUCCUCAUGAAACACCUGAAGUUAGACAACGAAGAUCCAGCGGUAAGAAAGUAAGAGGAAUUUUAAUGGAUCUUUUAAAAAGUUGUGGAGAUUAUCGCAAUGGGAAUGGAAGUUCAUCUAAAAGAUAUUCUUCUAAUGAGAAAGAUGCAUCACAUUUGAUUAAUUGCUCUCCACAAAUUAACGUCACAUCUAGUUGCUCGCCAGAAGCUAGUUGUUCAAAUGCACAACAAUCUAGUAGAAGAUGUUGUCACGCGUAUACUCGGCGUAUCGAAUCUCAACUGGAAGAAUUUCGUAUGGAAAUGGAACGAGUACGUUUGCGUUCCGAUGCUAUAUUAAAUUUACUCAACAUGCUUCAUUCUGUUGAAAUGAACUGAUACAGUCGUAAAUAACAUUAGAUAUAUAUGCCCUUUCCUUUGUAAAUAUUUUUCUUUCUUAUUUCACAAUUCGUCUUAUUUUAUAUACGAAUAUUUUCUUUUCUUCAUCAUCUAAUUUCAUUGAUAAUAUAAAAAAGAAAGUAAAUGGUUGAUUUAUUGAAUAAAUAUACAUGGUUUAAAACAAAC